AUGCCGCCGCAGAAUAACCAUGCGACCCCAGAGCGCGGCGAUCGCCAGCACGCUGAAGAUGGCGGCCGACGCGAGCGAGAGCAGGGCUCAUCGAGCAAGCCGCGGAGCACGAACAGAUUGCUCGGUGAUUACACGCUGAGCAAGACGUUGGGCGCAGGGAGCAUGGGCAAGGUCAAGCUGGCGCACCACAACAUGACCGGCGAGAAGCUCGCUGUGAAAAUCCUUCCACGAGCGUCGCCACCGAGCGGAAGCACAACAAAUCCUGAUGCAGCGGCGAAGCAGGCGUCGAAGGACGCCUCGAAGGAGAUCCGGACGUUGCGUGAGGCGGCGUUGUCGAUGCUGCUCCACCAUCCGUAUAUCUGCGGAAUGCGGGAGAUGAUCGUUCAUGCGCACCAUUACUACAUGGUGUUCGAGUACGUGAACGGGGGCCAGAUGCUGGACUACAUCAUCAGCCAUGGGCGGCUGCGGGAGCGGGUUGCGCGCAAGUUCGCGCGGCAGAUCGGGAGCGCGUUGGACUACUGUCACAAGAACAGCGUCGUGCACCGGGACCUCAAGAUCGAGAAUAUCCUCAUAUCGCAGACAGGGAACAUCAAGAUUAUCGAUUUCGGUCUAUCUAACCUGUUCGACCCCGUGAAUCAUCUAUCGACAUUCUGUGGUUCUCUCUAUUUCGCUGCGCCCGAGCUAUUGAACGCCAAGGUGUACACGGGCCCUGAGGUCGAUGUAUGGAGCUUCGGGGUUGUGUUAUACGUACUGGUAUGCGGGAAGGUGCCCUUCGACGACCAGAGCAUGCCUGCACUGCAUGCGAAGAUCAAGCGCGGGAUGGUGGAGUACCCUGUGUGGUUAAGCGCAGAAUGCAAACACCUACUUACGCGCAUGCUCGUCACGAGUCCGGGGUCGCGGGCGCCGCUGUCGGAGGUGCUCAGCCAUCCGUGGAUGUUGCGCGGCUUCCGAGGGCCACCAGAUUCGCAUCUAGUGCAUCGUGACCCCCUGCGUGCCGACGAGCUGGACCGCCAGGUGAUCCGCGGUAUGAAGGGCUUUGAGUUCGGCACGGAGGAAGAGAUCGAGCACAAGCUGGUCGACAUCCUCGAGUCUGACGCGUACUAUCGUGCUGUACAGCACUGGGAACGCAAGCGGAUGAUUCCUAACGGGCGCAACGGAAACGGGCGUCACUGGGGCGAGUCACUCUCUAAUACGUCGCUCGCUAUCUCGAACGACGGCGCGCAUAGCUUGAAUGGCAAGGGUGAUUCGCCGUCGAAGGCCAAGCGGCGGUUCUCAGGCUUUGACUUCUACCGUCGCAAAUUCUUCUCCCCAAGCUCGUCCCCACCAGGUACGCCUUUCGCCGGGUCACCGCCAACGUCGCAGUCGCACUUGUCAAACACGUCGCUCGUGGACGCUGGCCAGCGAGAGCCGCCAGAUCCAACGUAUGGUUUCCAUCCCCUUAUCUCUAUCUACUUCCUUGCUCGAGAGAAGAUGGAGCGCGAGAAGGUAUACGGCCCAGGACACUUCGCGAGCUCACAGCUGUCCCUCGAGUCCUCGCCUCAGCCCGAUGCACCAGCUCCCGAUGAGCAUGUUGCGACCAAUGCGAAGCAGCUCUCUCAGCCCACCGUACGAAAGAAGGACGUGGUCACCGCUAAGCCAGACUACAGCAUGGCCCUUCCACGAUUACCAGCACCUAAGAGUUCUCACUUUUCGGACAUGUCUUAUGAUGCUUCGGCCGCGAGCCCGUCGCCGAUGUCCACGACCUUUGCCGCGCAGCCCCGGCCCCGCGACGCUGCCCUUGCCGUGCCUAGGACAAAUGCACCACCAGGUUCGGUACCAAGCAGCCCAGCUACGGCAUCCAUGCCGCGCGCACCACCUGCGUCCACUCACCGGCGUAGUCACAGCGUGUCAAACCGCCCAAAUGGCGCGCGUGCUUGGGGUGCAGUGUUCGGCGGCGGCGGGCCAGAAACUAUGGGCGAGGAGGCGACGCUACGGGUGCAUCCGGACCCACUGAGUCCGCCAAGGUCCGCCGGUCCGGAGCGGACAUCGUAUGCCGAGCAGAAGGAGAGCGAGGAGGAGCAACGCGCACCACUUAUAUCCGCUGGCGCGACGCUGGUGCGGAAGUUCGGCAGCCUUUUAGUUGGCGCCAAGGGGGAUGAGACAAGAAGACCUUCGGGCGGUGGCACAAUGAGGAAGCCCAGCAUCCUCACGUCUUUCACACCACGUCCAUCAGCCGACGUUGGAGAGAAGGUCGUGGAUGAACAUGGUGCGUUAGUGAACGAGAAGAAGGGUCAAGACGCGGCACCCGCCAGCCCACAGGACACGGUAACUCACAGUCAGAGCCAGCCUAUCGCGUCCCCUCAUCGUCGCGCUGCCACCGUCUUGGAUGCGCAAGGCCGAGCAGCAAGGCAUGAGCGCAGGAAUAGCGCAGGUCCUGCUCUUUUUGCUAACGCCGGUGGUGGUACUAUCGGCCGUCAUCGCCGACCCUCUACCGGUUACUCUACAGACUUUCGACGACCUCUGGCAGAUAGGGUAUUUGGCCGGACAGACGAGGAGGACGAGGGUGCAGAGGACCAGUCCGAGGCUACGGCCACCGGGGCUAAUGGGAACGGUGGAGACCAAUCAGCCCACCAGGAGGAUGACCAUGGUGAGGAGAAGGAGUUCAAGCCUGUUUAUAUGAAGGGGCUGUUCAGUGUCGCGACGACGUCAACGAAGCAGCCGGUGGUGCUGAAACAAGACAUCAAACGUGUAUUGGACCGCAUGCAAGUGCAAUACCGCGAGACGAAGACAGGCUUCGAAUGCAUCCACAUGCCUUCAAUUGAUGUGGCCUCUGUCCAACCACCGCCACCGCCUGAGCGUCAACAUCGGAAACGAGGCUCGGCCGGAUCCAAUGAGACGGAUACUACCAGACGCUCGAUCGUCCGGAAAGCGUCCAAAAUUUCAUUCAUAGCAAAGGGUGCGAAGGAUAAGGACCGCGACGGCAAGGAGAAGGAGCUUCCCAGUCGACCAUCCGGCGGCACUACCCUCAGCGCUACAGCGAGCAGUGCCUCCUCGUCGUUCUUCCAUGUUUCCUCAAAUGCGCAUACGGAUACUGCGCGCUCUGACACGGUCGAGGCAGUCCCUGCACCCGAGGAUAUUGUUCGGUCUCAGACACCCAGUAAGGGGAAGAUCCUCCCUCCGAUUCCUCGCGACCUCGCAGGAAGUCCCCAGCCGUCCAACCCACUGCCUACCGGAGAAGUCGACCCUGAUGUCUUUGAGAGCAUCGGUGCUAACUCGUUGGCUGUCCGUUUUGAGAUUAAUAUUGUCAAGGUUCCCUGGCUACCACUACAUGGCAUCCAAUUCCGCAGAGCUGGCGGUGAUGGAUGGCAGUACGGUAUGCUGGCACGACGUGUUCUAACCGAGUUGAAGCUAUGACCAUGGUGACACAUUUCUCCCUUUCUCUCUGGGCACUCCUGCAACGCUCUCAUGACCAACCGACUCGUAUCAGAUUACACUCCACUAUUUUCCGCUUCGUGUGGCUACUUCGCUCUCCCUUCUGUCUCGCUCUCUGAGUCCACUAGUAGACCAUCGCCCCUUGAAUUGUCUUUCCGAUGAUCGCUCUGCAUAUGCUGCUACUUAUUCAUACUCUUUACUUGUACCAACGUUAUACCAUCGGGAUCCUUUGGUCAAUCAUAACUAUCGUUCAACAGCG